UUUUGACAUUUUUACUUUUGACAAUUAAAAUGUGGAGUAUUUGACUACCCAUAUUAUUUAAAUCAAUGUUCAAACACUAACUAAACUAAUACCAAUGAAGCAAUUGUCUUUUGUAAAUUGAAUCAAUGGCGUAAAGUAGUAAUUGUUAAACCGACACGGUAAUUGUUAUUGUGUAGUAAAAUUGCAUGGUGUGAUAUUUUCAUCACUGUUUACGGCACUGUUUGUGAUUUGAUCAAUAGGUACAUAAAUGAAUAUAGCGACGGAUACAUAAGUGAUAAGAAGCCGCCAGCCGGCCGACGAGCGGGGUGCGGGCGUAUAGACACGAGUUAUCUGCUAGCCACAGCGACACCUUGUACUAUUCGUAGUAGCCGUCUCCAGCGAGUCACAACUACGUUUCGAGAUUAUAACCAGAUCGAGGUCGUAGCGGGAGUACGAGACACGGAGAUGGGCGUGGAACGCGAGGUGCACGGCGUGCGCGUGGCGGCGGUGGGCGAGGUGAACAGCGCGCAGUACGACGCGCUGGUGCUGGUGACGGCGCCCGGCCUGACGCCGCCGCAGGCGCUGGAGGACUUCGUGGCGGCGGCGCGCCAGCUGGACGCCGAGCUGGAGCGCUCGGCCGCGCUGCUGCACUGCCCGCGCGUGUCGGGCGCGCGCCUGGUGCUGGCGCCGACGGGCGAGCUGGGCGAGUACGAGGACGUGCGCGCCGUCCGCGACGCGGCACGCGCGGGCGUGGCGCGGGCGCUGGCGGCGGGCGCGCGCCGGCCCGCGCUGGUCUUGCAGCCGCUGGAGCGCUGGCCCGACGCGCCGCUCGUGGCGCUGCUGGCCGCGCUCGAGCUGCUCUACGUCCCCCUGCAAAUCCGAGAGACAUUCCCUGAGCUAGCGCACAAGGUGACGGCGCUCGGCGUGUACGCGGAAGGAUUGCAGGGCUCCGUCGAGGACCUGAUCCGGGAGGCCGUGGCUCUGGAAGUGGCCAGGGGCGUGGCGCGCGACAUCGGCGGCGCGGACCCCGAGCGUAUGAGCCCGCUGCGCACGGCGGAGUACGUGCGCGCGCAGUUCGGCGGCGCCAGCGCCGUGCGCGUGCGCGUCCUGGAGCAGCGCGCGCAGCUGGAGCGCCACUACCCGCUGCUGGCCGCCGUCGACCGCGCCGCCGCCGCCGUGCCGCGCCACCGCGGUUGCGUCAUCUUCCUGGAGUACGAGCCCGACAGCUACGAGCGCACCGUCAUGCUGGUGGGCAAGGGCGUGACGUACGACACGGGCGGCUGCGACAUCAAGGUGGGCGGCGCAAUGGCCGGCAUGUCGCGCGACAAGUGCGGCGCCGCCGCGGUCGUCGGCUUUCUUAAGGCGUGCGACGAGCUGAGGCCGGCGCUGAAGGUGGUGGCGUCGCUGGGCAUGGUCCGCAACUCGGUGGGCGAGGAGGCGUACGUGGCCGACGAGUUGCUGCGCAGCCGGCGCGGGCUGGGCGUGCGCGUGGGCAACACGGACGCGGAGGGCCGCCUGGUGAUGGCCGACCUGCUGGCCGAGCUGGCGCAGCGCGCGCAGACCGAGCGCGCGCCCAUGCUGUACACGGUGGCCACGCUGACGGGGCACGCCGUGCGCGCCUACGGGCGUGGGUACACGGCCGUGCUGGACAGCCACGCGGCGCGCGCGCGGGGUCACGCGGGCGGGCUGCGCGCGGCGGCGGAGCGGCUGGGGGACAUGCUGGAGGUGUCGGUGCUGCGGCGCGAGGACCUGGCGGCGCACCGCGGCCGCGGCCUGGACCAGCUGACGCAGGCGGCCAGCGCGCCGUCCGUGGCGCUGCCCCGCGGCCACCAGGGCCCGGCCGCCUUCCUGCUGCUGGCGGCGGGGCUGGAGCAGGGCGACGUGCCCUACGCGCACCUGGACGUGGCGGCCAGCGCGGGCGACCUGCCCGACGACCCCACGGCGGCGCCGCUGCUGGGGCUGGCCGCCUACUACGGCCUCGUCGCCAAGCGCUAACUCUGGCGCUACGAGAACUUCCAAGUGUAUCGUUGUAUAAUAACUCAUCGGAAAUAUAUUUUUUGAUUUGUCUUUUUUCUAAUAUAAAAGUACUUUUGUAAUAAAAUAUCUUAUUUAAAAAAUACAGUCACUUUGAAUAAAUGUCAUACUUGUUCCUGGUUGGGUGCAGCGCAAUGAAACAGCGGCGUAUUGUCCAACUCUUUAUUUACUUAGUGUUUAAUAUUCUUUUCAUUUUGCAAUUUUACAGCUCGGCUUGCGGCGACCGAGGCCAGUCGCUCGCCGCGUUAACUAUACAAAUAGUAGUUUAUAACUCUCAAUUUAAAUCGAGUUUAUCACUCACAUAUACAACUCAUAAAUACAACAAAUACAAUUAAUAUAAUAGUAAUUUACACAAACAACAACAUAAUUUGACGCGUCCCAACGAGUCGAGCGGCAAACCGUUCCCUCCAUCACAAUAUACAUUAUACAUAGCACCUCCGACAUGUUUUACAUCCGCGAGGAUGUCAACCCGAGCCGACCCGCGUCCGGGCGACGAGUACUAGCUGCAAUCGUGGACUGCGGUAACAAAUCAUUUACAAAACAACGGAAACAAAGGCGUGACUAGCGGGCGCCUGCGGGCCUGCGGGCCUGCGGCGCCAGGCCUACGAGGCCGGCACGUCGGCGGCGGCCAGGCGCAGCGCGGCGCAGGCCAGCGGCGGCGCGGGCGGCGCGUCGUCGGCGGCGCCGCCCAGCGCGUGCUUGAAGGUCUCGUAGGUGAGCCAGCAGAUGGCGGCGGCCGGCAUCUGGUAGAGGACGCGCGCCUGCAGGCCGCGGAAGAAGCCGCGCGGGCCCGAGGCGCGCAGGACGGCGGCGGCGGCGUCCAGCAGCCCGUCGGCGCGCGCGGCCCGCUCCUGCGUGUUGAGCACGGUCUUGCAGACGUCCAGCGGCGUCGUGGCGGCCGCGGCCAGCGCGCCGCCCGCCGCGCCCGCCAGCGCGUGCGCCAGCGGGUCGUAGGCGCGCGCGGGGUUGAGGCGCGCCGUGCAGGCCUCGUACGUGGCGAAGUGCAGCGCCUGGAAGGGCACGUUCAUGGCCACCUGCGUGCCGUACGACCGGUAGAAGGCGCGCGCGCCCUCGCUGCGGUACACGUGUCGCGCGCACUCCCACACGCCGCGGUACGGCGACUGCAGCAUCUGCAUGCGCUGCUUCACCACUGCAACCAA